AUGCGGAUAAUACGAUUCAUCAACACGGUGCGCUUCUUUGUUUUCCUCGUUAGCGUUUGUGCGCUCGGCUGUCAUGUUGUUCAGUGUGCUUUGCUAGGGAUCUAUCAAGAUCAGGCAAAGAUACCAAGUUGGAUGGAAGCUGGGCAUUGGCAGUAUCUUUCAUGGUACAUUGUGUUGAGCCUGUCAACGAUCAGCGGGGUUGCCAUAUGCGCACACGCCUUUUGCUUCAAACGAUCGCAUGUCGUACGUGGAGACCGAUUCUUGAGCAUCCUCAAUGCCAUUCCCUUGCUCAUUUCCUUGUUGACGGCAUUCUUCCUUGAAGAUCCUGAGCCAUGGGCUGCAGGCAGCGUCCAUUUCACACGUUCUUCCACUGGAUUUCUCGCUUCAUGCUCUGUGUUUGACAGUAAUGAGCAGCCGCUGUUAUACCAAAGAUGUAUGUUGGCAGAUGGUACAUGGCUUGCGGCAGCAGUUGCAUGUCUUCUUUGGCUACUUUUGGCGUGCCUGGCGAUGUCUACAAGAUCAUCCUCUUCAGCCGUUGUGGCCAUUGAACCCGCCAAGGAACCCAAAUGGGGUCGCUAUAUUCCCGAACGACCAGCAUCACUUCAAUCUGUCAACUUGCAAAUUGUUCCACCACCGCCACCACACCAUUUGAGACAUUCCGUCGUAUACAACACCUACGUACCACGAUCAGAUGUAUCAUUUGACAGCCAAGCAUCAACGGCUACCUACGAUAACAAGCGAAGUUCUUGGUAUUACAAUGAUGACUACUACUAUACUCCAUCAUCACCACCCCCUGCUUCUGCACCACCCUUCAUGAGCAGCUUUGAUCAUCGAUACCCAACAACGCCAUCUUAUCACAAACCACCUGUUGUUCCUUUACUGCCCAUGGUGCCACAAAUGGAUAGUAUCGAAUUGUUUGGAGGCACACCACCACCUGCUACGGCGUCUCCAAUGGCAACAACAACCGUUGCUAGUGAAAAGGAAUACGAUCAAUUCCACCACCACCACCACCACCACCAUGGAAUGUCUUCAAUAUCAUCACCUCCCAUUGAACGUGAAUCCCAGCAUGAUUUGGUCAUGUCUCCAUUGGAUUACAAUAAUAGUAGACAUCAACAUCCAUAUGAUCGAUCCUCCUUUGCAGCACAAUCAAUUUCAUCCGCUGGUGCCGCUUACACGAGCAGCAAGGUGGAACUCGUUGAAGACCUUGUGCCAUCAUCUUCUCCAACCUAUAACGAUCAUCAGCACUUUAACCAUGAGCAACAGCAUUACAACAAUGACCCUCGUGAUAAUGAUCCUUCUUCAAUGAUGAAUUCCCUCCAUGCUCCCUUUGUAGACCCUGCAUCCCAACAGAAACCACAACAAUACUAG